AUGUACACACCAAACUCACCCUACGAGUUAAACCUCGACUCACUCCUCACCUCGUUAGUCAACUCAGCAACAUACUCCUCCUACAACAACUUCACCGUACUAGGCUCCACCCAGCAAGACAUAAUCUACGGUCUCUACCAAUGCCGCGGCGACCUCGCCAUGCCUGACUGCGCGUCCUGCGUGGCACGCGCAGUCACGCGGGCGGACGACAUGUGUCGCAACACAUGCGGAGGCACGGUCCAGCUCGACGGGUGUUUGGUCAAGUACGAUAAUGCUACUUUUUUGGGUGUGGAGGAUAAGAAUGUUUUGUUGAAAAAGUGCGGGCCUUCCGUGGGCUAUAAUCCGGAAGCUAUGGGCUCACGAGAUGCCGUGCUUGGCGGGCUUGUGGGCUUGGGUGGGCCUUUUAGGGUUGGUGGGUCCGGGAUUGUGCGGGGUGUGGCGCAGUGUACGGGGGAUCUUAGUUUUGGGGAGUGUCAGGAUUGUGUUGCGGAGGCGAUCGGACGGUUGAAAACUGAUUGUGGGACUGCGGAUUAUGGAGAUUUGUUUUUGGGGAAAUGUUAUGCGAGGUAUUCUACUGGUGGGGCCCAUGAUAGCUCUAAGGCCCAUGGAAAGCUGGGUGAAAAGAAAUUUGCAAUGAUCAUUGGGUUAUUAGCAGGAGUAGCCAUAUUUGUUAUUCUUCUUGCUUUCCUGACCAAGAUUUGUAGGAAACAGAGCAAAUAA